CCGGUAUCCAUGCUCAUAAUUUAUGUGGGGAUCCUCAGCAAGAGCCCGACAGUCCGGAUCUCGAGCUCCAGCAUAGCAUUACAGACAUGGCCUCCGCCGCGGCGGUCGUCGGACACCGUCGCCAAGUUUCGGACUCCGACUCGGAUUCCGACCACGGUGGCGGAUCCAACCCCCUCCGCCAUGUGGACCUCUCUGCCUCCGUGUUCAGGCCGUACUUCGACUUCACCGGCAAAUCGACCGCCUCCGCGGACCUUUCGAAGAUCCAGUCCUUCCUUAACUCCUCCUCCUCCGGCGCCCUGUCGUGCCUUAUUUGCCUCGAGCGCAUUAGAAUAUCCGAUCCCACCUGGUCAUGCUCUGCACUUUGCUUCUCCGUCUUCCACCUCGUCUGCAUCCAGUCCUGGGCCCGGCAGUCCUCCGACCUCGCCGCUGCGCGCGCCGCCAGCCGGCUCUCCCUCUCCCCAGCUGCAGCCUCCGAAUCCGCUACGUGGCACUGCCCCAAGUGCCGCUCCGAGUAUACCAAGUCCCAGAUCCCCAAAUCCUACCUCUGCUUCUGUGGCAAGCUCGAGAAUCCCGGCUCCGACGACCCGUGGAUCCUCCCGCACUCCUGCGGGGAAGUCUGUGACCGCCCAUUGAGGAACAACUGCGGCCAUAACUGCCUCUUGCUCUGCCACCCGGGCCCAUGCCCACCAUGCCCAAAGGUUGUAGCUUCAACCUGCUUCUGUGGCUCCAUCAGAGAAUCCCGCCGCUGCGGGGCAAAGAACUUCGCAUGCUCGGGCACCUGCUCGAAGCUCCUUGACUGCGGAGCUCACCACUGCACCGAGAAGUGCCAUGAUGGUGCCUGCCCACCUUGCCGGAAGCGCGGGACCUACAAAUGCCAGUGCGGGAAAGUCAAGGAGGAUCGAGAGUGCUGUGAGAGAAUAUUCCGAUGCGAGGAACCCUGCGACGAGCUCCUCGAUUGUGGGAAGCAUAAGUGCAGUAAAGGUUGCCACCCGGGGGAAUGUGGGGGUUGCCCGUUUAAGGGGAAGAGGAGCUGCCCCUGUGGGAAGAGAGUGUAUGAAGGGAUGGCCUGUGAUGUUGCUGUACCCUUGUGUGGUGGGACGUGUGAUAAGGUGCUGAACUGUGGGUACCACCGGUGCCCUGAACGGUGCCACCGCGGGCAAUGCAUCGAGACGUGUAGGCUUGUGGUCACAAAGUCAUGCAGGUGUGGGAGCUCGAGGAAAGAGGUACCCUGCUAUCAAGAUUUCUCAUGUGAAAGGAAAUGCAUGAGAAUGCGGGACUGCGGGCGGCAUGCUUGCAGGCGACGGUGCUGCGAUGGGGAUUGUCCACCAUGCUCAGAGGUCUGUGACAGAAAACUGAGGUGCAAGAAUCAUAAAUGCCCCGCCCCUUGUCAUAGAGGUGCCUGUGCUCCUUGCCCGGUGAUGGUGACAAUUUCAUGUGCAUGUGGUGAGACAAAGUUUGAGGUGCCUUGUGGGACUGAAAUGGAUCAGAAGCCUCCUAGAUGUCGUAAACCAUGUAGUAUUCCUUCUCUGUGUCGUCAUGCACCAUAUUUGAAGCCCCACAAAUGUCAUUAUGGAGCUUGCCCCCCAUGUAGGCUACUCUGUGAUGAAGAGUACCAAUGCGGUCAUAAGUGCAAACUGAAGUGUCAUGACCCUAAACCCCCUCCUAAUCCAGAAUUUACAGUUAGACCAAAGAAGAAGAAGUCUAAUCGCCCGCCUGAAUGUACACCGGGCUCUCCUUGUCCUCCUUGUCCAGAGCUCGUAAUCAGGUCAUGUGUGGGUGAGCAUGAAGGAGCAGAAAGGACGAUGGUCUGUUCCAGUAAGACUCAAUUUUCUUGUGACAACUUAUGUGGAAAUCCUCUGUCUUGUGGCAAUCACUACUGUACGAAAACAUGCCAUCCCUUGAAAGGGCGAACCGUGAGUGGUGAAUCUUGUGAAAAGUGCGAUCUUCCGUGUGAAAAGAAGAGGAAGCCUGAGUGUCAACAUUCUUGCCCCCUCCCUUGUCAUCCCGGUGACUGCCCACCCUGCAAAGUUCUGGUGAAACGGUCAUGUCAUUGCGGUUCAAUGGUCCAUGUAUUUGAGUGCAUAUAUUACAACAACUUGUCCGAGGAUGAGAAAUUGACUGUCCGUUCCUGUGGUGGGCCCUGCCACAGGAAAUUGCCCUAUUGCACGCAUCUCUGCCCUGAGACUUGUCAUCCUGGUCAAUGCCCUGAACCCGAAAAGUGUUCCAAAAAGGUAACUGUUCGCUGCUCAUGUCACACCUUGAAGAAGGAGCGGAUAUGUCAAGAAGUUCAAGCGGCAUAUCGGGCUUCUGGUACCGAUCCUAAAGAUGCACCCAAGAGUCAUUUUGGACAUGGACUUCUUCCUUGCAAUUCUGAAUGUAGAAGUAAAAUGAAAGUUAUCGAGUCAGAGUUAUACCCUCGUAAAUCUACUAAAGUUGCCGAGGAAAAGGAGCCUGAUACUGGAAAAUCUGCCUCAAAGCGUAGAAGACGGCGUGAAAAGGUGCAAGAAGCUCGUGGUGCUUCGAAACUGCAGAAAAUAUUUGCCACCAUGAAAUGGCUUCUUCUGUUUGUACUCCUGGUGAUGGCAUUGGUCGCGGGGACAUACUAUGGCUACAAGGGUCUGUUAAGGCUCUCUGAUUGGAUGAACGAAGUCGACAGGCAGAGAUCGAGAAGGCCUCCACGACUGUAAAUGUCUCUACUGGAUUAUCAAAGUUUUGGUCGAUUCAUUGGAGAGUUUCUCUAAUGUAGUGUUCUCUUUCAGCUUGAAAUUAACCAUAGAGAUAUCUUCAUAGAAGAACUGCAAAAUAUGAGCUCAGUGUGAGAUAUUUUUUUUUUUUCGGUAAAAAAGGAGGCCGGAACCUGGAAUACACAGUGUGAGAUGUAUAUUAGCUUUGAGGGGAUUGAAUUUUCUUGGUCCAAUGUUUAUCGAUUAGUUAUCGUAAUUGCUUUGGUAUAGUAUCCACCGUUGCACAAUAAAUAUGGACAGCGGCAUAUUAUUAUCUCAAGAUGACAAUCUCAGAGAAGCCUUCAUGGUUCUCUUUUCUUUUC